CACUUCGCUGCUCGCUUUGCUUCCCUUGUUGCUUGCAUUUUGAAUUUUGCGACAAACACAUGAGCGCAAAUCUGGGAGGACAGCUUGUGCGCCUGCGACGCGCGCUGGACGCUGCUCAGGCAUCCGACGGCGAGGCGGACCUGAGGCAUGAAGCCAUGUCACCACCGAUUGUGGCCUGGCUGUGCCAGCAUUUGGUUGAUCGACAAAACGUUCACAACCUCUGGAUGCACCACUGCAGCUUGCGUGACGCUGGGUUUGAGACACUGGUGCGCGGAUUGGGAAAGACUGGAGUGAACCAUCUGUCUUUGCCGUGCAACGACAUUACAGACCACGGGCUCAUCGCCGUGGAGGCCUGGUUGUCAAGAACCAGUGAAGUUGGAGAGCUGCACUACCUCUCCCUUCGAGACAACCGCCUUACAUCCUCAUGCGCAGCGGCCUUGGGAAACUUGGUCCAGCGACUACAGAUCCGUGACCUCAGCCUGGAGGACAUGCCCUCCCUCGGCGAUUCAGUUGCAAAGGUGCUCUUCGACCUGGCUGAGCAAGCGUCCUGCAAGUUGCACAACCUGGCCCUCCACAACUGCGGCCUGACAGAUGCCAGCCUCCGUUACUUGCAGCAUGCACUGCAGCGAACACGCUGCUUGCAGGAGCUGACACUUGCUGGCAACCGCUUCUCCGCGUCAGCCUGUAAGGAGCUGUUGCUGUCCAUCCCACAGCACACCACUUUGCGCUUCAUCACCUUGCCUGCCUUCCUUCGCAACGACGUACAGCCACACGUCCCACCACAUGUUGGGGUUGAAUGGAUCGGCUGAGCGUAUGUGUGUGUGCAUGUGCAUGUGCGUGUGUGUGCGUGUGUGUGCGUGUGCGUGUGUGUGCGUGUGUGUCUGUGUGUCUGUGUGUCUGUGUCUGUGUCUGUGUGCCUGUGUCUGUGUGUCUGUCUCUCCAUCUGUGUGACCAUCUCUGUCUCUCUGCCUGCCUGCUUGUGUGUCUGCCACACCCUUGCUUGUUUCUGCACGUGAGUCUGUGUCUUCUCAUCCCUUGGAAGUCCACAUCUCUUUGCUCCGUCCCUUGCCCCUUCUCACUGCUUUCUCGUUGCUUUCAUGUUAUUUCGGAAGCAUGUCACGUUUAAUUGUCAUUCACCACG